AUGUGUAUUUAUGAAGAUCAAAUCGGAAAAUUCGACUGGCGUCAAACUUAUGUUGGUCGAAUUAAAUUCGCACAAUUUGAUACUGUAUCUACUGCAAAAAAGAUCAUUGUAGCUACUGAAGAGAAUGUAUUGGCUGCCCUAAAUUUGAAGACUGGUCAAGUAGUUUGGCGGCAUGUAUUUGAAAGUGCAUCAGCAGGCAACAUACAGUUACUUCAUGUAGGAGAAAAAGUAACAACAGUUACUGGAUCUAAUCCUUACCUCGUCCGAGGAUGGGAUACAGCUACUGGAAUCCUGCUUUGGGAGUGGUCUUUAACUCUCCAAGAUGACACUAUAUCUGAGUAUUCAGAGUGGUGGGUGCAGAAUAAUAUGUUAGUACACAUGUUACCCGUGUUUGGUUCACAUGUAGAGGUGACUAUGUAUAAUUUGUUGACUGGGAACAAUCGAGGUGCUACAUCUAAGCUACCAGCUAUCUGGACUAAUGAAGGGUGUGUUCUAAGUGCACCAUACUACAUUUGUGUUUCUGGCGAAGCAGGAAGUCGACUGCUACUAUCAAUAGAUGUAACUUCUGAUGCUGUAAAGAUAUUGAGCAGACCAUUAGCAGAUUAUAUUAGUAAUGAAAAGACUUUCGGAGGAUACUUAAAAGCUCUGAGUGGAAACAGUGUAGUGCCAGGUUUCACAGUGGAUGAUAAAGUUGUGUUACUUAUAAAAGGUGAUAACUACCAGAAAGCUAAUGUAGAAUUGGCGAAACAAGGGAGUAGUGCAACAGUUAUUGAUGGUGCGAAUGAAAAUAUUUUAGUGCAAGCUUAUACUGAUCAAGUCAAGGGCUUCACACUCUCCGCCCAUACAAUAUCCACUGGUAAAGAAGUACCAGAGAUUCAUUGUAUAGACCCAUCUAUGAAAAUACCAGAGCCUGAGUUAGUGGAGGUGAUGUGCACUCGUACUGCCAAGGAACAGCAUGCCUGUAGAUUGCUGGUAAAUGGGGCUGAUGAUGCAGUGCAUUUGAUGCAACAAGGUGGUCGCGUGCUGUGGACGCGCGAGGAGGCGCUCGCGAACGUGGUGGCGGUAGAGUUCGUCGACUUGCCGGUGUCAGAAACUGAGGCGGCGCUGGAAUCUGAGUUCGAUCAGAAGGAAGCUGCCAAGGUGUAUAGUUCUGUAUGGUCUGCAUUUUCCCGACGUCUCCACACUCAAUACCAACAGCUGCUGAACCUCAUAAAGAGCUUCCAAGGCGAAGACGCGGUACAAGAGACCUCGUCGUUAGUUCGAGAUUAUUUCAAUUUACACAAGAUUAUUGUUCUCGUUACUGAUGCUGGAAAGAUUUUUGGCAUGGACAAUCUGUCUGGUGAUAUCUUGUGGCAUAUAUACGAUCCUGACUUGAACCCUGAGAACGCCGUAAUAUUCACCAGAAGGUCGGCGAGACACGCGCCCUUCGACGCGUAUGUCUCUAUAGUGGCUAAACAUGAGGAAACGGGCAACGGUUACGUAGUGAGCCUGAACCCCAUCCGCGGGUCGCGCGCGGGCGCGGCGCUGCGCCUGGACGCGCGCCUGCUGCAGGCCGCGGCGCUGCCGCGCGCCGACGCCGAGCACCUGCACGCGCUCGUGCUGCUCGACGAGGACGAGAAUGUACAGGUGCUUCCCUUUUCAGCGGAGUCUUUGGUGGAAAAUUUCUACAUGUAUGUAGCGGAUAAGGAGACUGGACACGUGCAGGGAUACGCGCUGAAAUACAAUGGAAAAGAGGUGGUGGCGCAGCGCACGUGGUCGGCGCGGCUGGGCGGCGGCGUGGUGGCGACGGCGGCGCGCUCGCGGCACGAGCGCGUGCGCGCGCCCGGCCGCGCGCUGCCCGACCGCAGCGUGCUCUACAAGUACUCCAACCCCAACCUGGUGCUCUUCGUGCUCGAGAAGGAGGAUCCCACGCAUAAAGGUUGGCGCUCAACGACUCACCGCUCUGUCCGAUACCGCGUUGACAGUGACCGGCGCGGCGAGGUGGUGACGGCGGUGGUGCUGGACGCGGCGACGGGCGCGCCGGCGGCGGCGGCGUGGCACCGCCGCGCGCGCGCGCUGCCGCUCGCCGUGCACGCCGACAACUGCUUCGCCUACCUGUACCGCAACGAGAAGCAUCGGCGCGUCGAGCUGGCAACGAUCGAGCUGUACGAGGGCGCGGAGCGGUGGCUGGAGGCGGGUGCGCCGUUCAGCUCGCAGGCGGAGGCGCGCGCGCCCGCCGUGCAGCGCCGCGCGCACAUCCUGCCCGCCACGCCGCUCGCCGCCGCGCUCACCGCCACGCGCCGCUCGCUCGCCGACCGACAUCUGCUGCUGGCGCUGACGCGCGGCGCGAUAGUGGAGGUGCCGUGGGCGUACCUGGAGACGCCGGCGCCGGAGCUGCCGCUGCCGCCGGACGCCACGCUCAACUACAACCGCAGCGUGGCGCGCGCGCGCCGCGCCGCCGCCGCGCCCGCCGGCCUCGAGUCCACCAGCCUCGUGCUCGUCACCGGACUAGACCUAUUCUACACGAGAGUGGCGCCAUCUAAGACAUUCGAUCUCCUAAAAGACGACUUUGACUAUUACCUUAUAACGCUAGUGCUGGGCGCGCUCGUCGUCGCCACAUACAGCUCUAAGUACUUCGCUUCGAGGAAAAUGCUCAAGAUGGCGUGGAAG